GACACUCACUAAUUUUUACCUUUUAAAUGUCAUUUUUAAAAUCAUUUUUACUUGCUCUUAUAUAGGCCCUUACCAAUAGGCCAAGUUUUUUUUUCUUUUUACCUGAGCUGUAAGUGCGCCUUGUAUUAUUAUCUCUGGAAUGAUGGAAAGAGAAGGACAUAAUAUCUACCCACUCCUCGGUGAUAUCUGAAAGACAGGAGAGGAAUGACAUUCUGUGUGUGAGUGUAGACUCAUCCCUGGAUUAUUCCAUCUAUGCCCCACGGGGUAUCGCCAGUCACCCCACGGUCACAUGAACUUUUAACUUGAACGAUAACCAUGAAGCUCCGAAGCAGCGACGAGGGAGUGAAAGUUGUACCCGGUGUCGACAUGCACCCGCCGUACGCCUCACCUUUCUCCGCUUCGUUCCGCCCCACCAUCGACAACAAAGAACCGCUUCCCAUUUCGCCGCUCACGGGCCUUAGCAACGGGAUAGACUCACCCCGCGCGCACGGCGUCCUUAGUAACUACCACUGCUCCCCGCAGCAACAACAGCAACCCGCGGACGGCGAAGAGGAGUACGGUGGCGCGCGACAGCGGCUGACGACGACGACAACAACAACAGCAGCAACAGCAGCAACAGCAACUGCGGAGCGGAGUGAGGACGGAAAGGGUGGCCCCUCCCUGCCGGCUACGCCAGUCUCCGUCACUCCGCGGCUGACCUACGAUUUGGACGAGAUUCUCCGAAAACACGGAGUGACUCUCACGGCCGCUCGGGACGCUGCUGAUCCGAACUCAACAAACGAACGUUUGGUGGAUGCACGAGAAAAACACGAAGGAGAAAAAGAAGAAGGAGAAAAAAAAGAAGGAGAAAAAGAAGAAGAAGAAGAAACAAAGGAAAAACUACAACAACAAGAACAAGAACACCGAGUUUUGCGGCUGUCCGAGUCGGCCCCGACAGCCGGUGGUCCUGGCGUGGUUUCCCCCGCGGCCUCGUGCGAGGGUGGAGGACCCCCGGUAGUUCCCGCCAUGACCAAGACGUUGUCGGACACCGCCGCCCUCAGCUCGGGGGCGGGCCGGAAGCCCGGGGGUUCCAAGGACCCGGGUCACGUGAGCCACCAGUUCUUCCACGUGGAGCCGUGCAUCUACACACACCGGAUGUUCCGGCGAGCCGCCACUAUCUUCGGCGUGCUCAAGGACAGCGAGUCCGAGUCGGAGGAGGUCAAGGCCACACGGAGACGCCUGGGCAAAGCGGCCGCUGCCGCCUUCGGGGUGGAGCCCCAGGACAAGAUUCCGGACAUGGAUUUCCUGGACGCUCACGAGCAGAUCAAGACGUUUGAGCUCACCUUCGCCACCCUCAAAUACCAGAAGCUGUUCCAUGAGAUAUUGUCCCGCACAAACUUCUUCGUGGAAAACCCGGAUCUCCGCGAAGACUACAGUCUGGUGUGCAUCAUCCUGUUCGACCUGCAGUCUCGGAAGUUCCAGCGGCGCGUGCCCCUGGCGGGAGAUGAACCCGACGCCGUCUGCCUACAGGUGGAGGAGGCGCUACUCCUGCGCCGCACUCGUCUGCUGUCCACCAUUGCCAAGGAGCGCAUCCGGCACGGCGCCCCCUCCCUGGAGUUCCUGCUGCCGGAACAGGUGCGGCACAAGGACGAGACCAAGUCCAGGAUACCUGUCUACGUCUGGGUGAACCAGAUCAAGCUCAAAGUGGAGGAUUUCAUCACGGAGCUGGAAGGCCUGGAUUUCACUCGGGCAGAUGAGGGCGUGGACAUGACGGAGCAGACGGACCGCGUGUACCGGGUGGACAGACACUGCCCGGACCUGCUCGUCUUCCCGCCAAACUUGGCCAUGUACUUCAAGGACUCCCAGUGGGUCAAGGAUGGCAGUCUCGUGCAACAGGACAAGUCGAGCUGCCUGGCCCCGAUGACCGUGCGCAACGUGCUGAGCACUGACCAUGACGUCAUCCACGUGAACGUGGGCACAGGCAUGAGCACAGGUCACGUGGCCAGCCUGUUGUGCCAGGAGUCAGCCAAGUCACAGUUGUGGGCCUUUGGCGUGGACGGCGCGGAGAAAGCCAGGAAGGUCAACAAAAACCUGGAGAUGCUCGGGGUCAAAAACACGAGGGUGAUCCAGGAGGACUUCCUGAACUCUGACCCCGAGGACUCACGGUUCAGGAACGUGCGCGUCAUCUUUAUCUCCGCCAACUGUAGCAAGUCGGCCAUCACCAGCCCGGUACAAUUCAUCGUCAGCGAGGGCGAGGACAUGCAAAUCCUGGGUGAGCUGUCCAAGGCGGAGUCGGACAUGGCUCACAUCGGCACGCUCAUGCAGCAACACGAGAAGCAGCUCAAGCACGCGCUCAAAUUCCCCAAACUCCAGGCGGUGGUAUACAGCACCAGGUCCCGCUACGAGGCGGAGAACGAGUCUGUGGUGACCAAGUCCAUCGAGUACGUCAAUCAGACCUCGGGCAAGAAACUGCCCGACCAGGUGAGUCCCCCCGUGAUCCCGUUCUACAGCGAGGAGAUCAACGGUGGAGUGAGUGGCGUGGACGGCAGGUACAUCCGGUUCAAACCCUCCGACAAGUCCAACGGCUGUUUCGUCGCCAUCAUCUCCAGGGAGCCCGAGGACCCCAAAGACGCGGCCCGUAGCGCCAUCGCCCGCGCCCGCUCCAAAGGUAUGCUGGGAAAAGGCAAAGACGAUGGCCAGGGGGAGGAAGCGAGGCACGCCGCGGCCAGGAGCAGCGAGUCCGCCCCGAGUUCCGCGCCCUCGGGCAAGGCCAAGACCUCCAAGCGCGCCACCAGGAAAACGGCGUCCACAGGAAAGUUGAAAGUCUCUACGUCACUUUCGGUGGAGCCGCCCGCGGGGGUGGGGGCGCGCCUCUACCAGGCCGGCCUGCUGGCCAAGAUGAAGUACUCGAACCCCAAACCUCUGGCGCCGCAGCCCGAGUACACCAAGACUGUGAAGCACCCGGCCCCCUUCAGUCCGGAUGUUCAGCGGGAGUUGAGGAGUAAGUGGUGACAUUUGGAUACGGCGCGCUGUCUUCUGUCUGGUCAGGGAAUUGUAAUACACGAGAGGUGUUGGCCUGUCUGUUGUGAAAGUGUGUUGGUGUGUGGGUGUGUUUUUGUGAUACAGUAGUGAAUAAGUGUGGGUGUA